CAGAAUUUUACAAAAAAAUAAAACCGAACAUGUCUGGUGGAAAAUGCCUUCGUAUUUGGUCUGGUGACUGGGACUUGCCGUCUGUAGACUAUAACUGUUUAGCUGCAAUGGCAUAUUGCAAAUUUACAGAAACUCCAGUGACAUUCCAGGGAACAAACAAUCCAUUCUGGUCCAAAACUGGAGGGUUACCAGUUCUCAAACAUGAAGGUGGAAGUGAAUAUAAUCUAACAGACAUAAUCAACUUUCUCAGAAAACAGGGUCGAAAUGCAGAGUUUGGACUCUCUAAGAAACAAAAUGCUGAUAUUCUUGCAUAUACAUCACUUAUAGAGGAGAAACUGCUGCCUGCUUUACUAUAUUGCCAAUGGGUAGAUACUAAGAAUCUAGAUGACUUCACAAGACCCUGGUACUUUAAAGCCAUGCCAUUUCCAUUUAGAUAUUAUCUUCCUGCCUCACUGGAGAAAAGCAUGGACGAUAAAGUGAGAAGCAUGUGUGGAUGUGGUACUUUAACUAAUGCAGAUAUUGAGAAAAAAGUAUACAGAGAGGCUCGAGAAUGUCUGAAUCAACUUUCCAACAAACUAGGAACAUUUGACUUCUUCUAUGGCAAAAAUCCAACGUAUUUAGAUGCUGUAAUAUUUGGUUACCUAGCAGUACUGUACAAGACACCUUUACCCAACAACCCCCUGAAACACCAUAUACAGUCAUGUGACAACUUAGUUCGUUUCAUUAACAGAAUUCUUCAUAGGUUCUUCCAGCUGACUCCAGAAGAAACCACAGAACAAGAACGUAAAGAAUCUGAGCGACAACAAGAAAAACAAGACAUUUCAGACUUUCCGCACAAGAAGCGUAAUAUGAUCAUAUCAGCGCUUGUAGCCUUAAGUGCUAUGGUUGGCUAUGCCUUGCUCAGUGGACUUGUACAGAUUGAAAUUACAGAGACAAAUGGUGAAGGUAUUAAUAAUGAUUAUGAAGAUGACUUUGAACCUGAUGAGGAUGAAGAUUAGUCAGUGUUUAGUUUAGGAAAAUGUCAGAGUAUGCUUAUCGAAAUGCGUAAUAAAUUAGGCAAGUGUGAAAUUGGCGAGGAAUGAAGGAAACAGGCAUGCAGUUGCAUGGAAAUGCAAGAAAAUCAUCCUGAGUUCAUUAAGAUACAGCGAUUUAUGGAUUCGAAUAACUAUGAAGUGUAAAAAUUAAAAGUUAACUGAUAGGAAUUAGUAAGGA